AUGUUUCAUAUUUUCGCUGGUGAUGCUGUAUUAUCUGAUUCUAAUAGUAGUAGUAGUAGUAGUAGUAGUAGUAGUAGUAGUAGUAGUAGUAGUAGUAGUAGUAGUAGUAGUAGUAGUAGUAGUAGUAGUAGUAGUAGUAGUAGUAGUAGUAGUAGUAGUAGUAGUAGUAGUAGUAGUAGUAGUAGUAGUAGUAGUAGUAGUAGUAGUAGUAGUAGUAGUAGUAGUAGUAGUAGUAGUAGUAGUAGUAGUAGUAGUAGUAGUAGUAGUAGUAGUAGUAGUAGUAGUAGUAGUAGUAGUAGUAGUAGUAGUAGUAGUAGUAGUAGUAGUAGUAGUAGUAGUAGUAGUAGUAGUAGUAGUAGUAGUAGUAGUAGUAGUAGUAGUAGUAGUAGUAGUAGUAGUAGUAGUAGUAGUAGUAGUAGUAGUAGUAGUAGUAGUAGUAGUAGUAGUAGUAGUAGUAGUAGUAGUAGUAGUAGUAGUAGUAGUAGUAGUAGUAGUAGUAGUAGUAGUAGUAGUAGUAGUAGUAGUAGUAGUAGUAGUAGUAGUAGUAGUAGUAGUAGUAGUAGUAGUAGUAGUAGUAGUAGUAGUAGUAGUAGUAGUAGUAGUAGUAGUAGUAGUAGUAGUAGUAGUAGUAGUAGUAGUAGUAGUAGUAGUAGUAGUAGUAGUAGUAGUAGUAGUAGUAGUAGUAGUAGUAGUAGUAGUAGUAGUAGUAGUAGUAGUAGUAGUAGUAGUAGUAGUAGUAGUAGUAGUAGUAGUAGUAGUAGUAGUAGUAGUAGUAGUAGUAGUAGUAGUAGUAGUAGUAGUAGUAGUAGUAGUAGUAGUAGUAGUAGUAGUAGUAGUAGUAGUAGUAGUAGUAGUAGUAGUAGUAGUAGUAGUAGUAGUAGUAGUAGUAGUAGUAGUAGUAGUAGUAGUAGUAGUAGUAGUAGUAGUAGUAGUAGUAGUAGUAGUAGUAUUUGUAGUAGUAACACGCAAUUCGUGGAGAUUUUUGAUAUGAUUCACAAUUCAAUCAACAUGUCUUGCUUUGUAGCCUCACUAAUCACGGUUUACUGCUUUUUCUACUUUAGGACAAAUGUUUAUUCACGUGGAGGGAGUGAAUAUUUCACUCGAUUCUAA